AAACACAACCCUCUGCCUUCUGCACCAGGCCACUAGUGGAAAUGAGCAGCUGGUUUUGCUGUUUGAGAUGCAGAGAGUCCCCAGGCCAGCUCUUCUCUGCGGCAGAGACUACCUGCAGCACACCUGGGAGAAAGCCUACCAGGAUCACAGGAGAAAGAUCCAAGACGCCCAGCCUCUCGUGGACACCAGCGCCCCUCUGAGCCUCAGUCACCUCCACCUGAAAUUCAAGAAGCUGAAGCUGGAGGAAGAACGGCUCGCCGUCAUUGACCGGGACAACCGUCUACUGCUGGAGAGGUUGUCCUGCAUCAUGAGGACCAGGGGACAGGCUGAAAGUAGAAAGAGCCACACACAGAAGAGGACUGGACUGAAGAAGGAAGGAAAAGAGGAAGCAGAAGUGAUCUCGGGGAGGUGCCAGCCAGUCAGAGAGCCACAGGAAGAGCCUCAGCUUGAACAAGGCAGCCAGGCUUGAGGAAACUUGAAAGGACAUGAAGCACCCUAGGUGACCUGCAAGCCGACCCAGCUCUUCCCAUUCCAGGAAAUUAGCUCCUCAGGCUUUGCAAGUUACACACCAGAGCUCUGGGCACACUCUGGGCUCAGACUCAGAAUGAAUUCAGCUUUACUGUGGCUCUGAAGUCUCCUAUCUUGAAGUAGUUGGCACCAAGCUAAUUCAGCUAAUGGCCCAGCACACAAUAAUGGUAAAAAUGGUGUGUCCCUCAAAUACCCACCAUUUGCUUCAACGUGGAUGGAACUGGAGGGGAUUAUGCUGAGUGAAGUAAGUCAAUCGGAGAAGGACAAACAUUGUAUGUUCUCAUUCAUUUGGGGAAUAUAAAUAAUAGUG